AUGAGUCAUGGAAUGUCACUAAGAAUUACCAAGACUCAUUACGAAAAUACAAAGACUCUCCAGACUUCCCCCAGGACUUAUCUGGACUCCUCAGAAAUCACUAGGACUCUACGAGACGCGCCAGGUCCUACCAGGAGCCAGGAGGACUCCGGAGUUCCCCAGGACACAGCAAGGACCCCGCAGGAUUCACUAAGAUUCCUCAGGGCCCAGCAGGACCCGUUUCGAGGAUAUGAUCAGGAGAAAGGAGACCUCAGCAGCUGGAGAAAGGAGACCUCAGCAGCUGGUGAAAGGAGACCUCAGCAGCUGGAGAAAGGAGACCUCAGCAGCUGGAGAAAGGAGACCUCAGCAGCUGCAGAAAGGAGACUUCAGCAGCUGCAGAAAGGAGACCUCAGCAGCUGGAGAAAGGAGACCUCAGCAGCUGGAGAAAGGAGACCUCAGCAGCUGGAGAAAGGAGACCUCAGCAGCUGGAGAAAGGAGACCUCAGCAGCUGGAGAAAGGAGACCUCAGCAGCUGGAGAAAGGAGACCUCAGCAGCUGGAGAAAGGAGACCUCAGUAGCUGGAGAAAGGAGACCUCAGCAGCUGGAGAAAGGAGACCUCAGCAGCUGGAGAAAGGAGACCUCAGCAGCAGUUAAUGAUAGCAGCAUUGGUGGCAGUAAUGAUAGCAGCAUUCCUGGGAGUAAUGAUAGCAACAUUGAUGGCAGUAAUGAUAGCAGGAUUGGUGGUAGUAAUGAUAGCAGCAUUCCUGGGAGUAAUGAUAGCAACAUUGGUGGCAGUAAUGAUAGCAACAUUGGUGGCAGUAAUGAUAGCAACAUUGGUGGGAGUAAUGAUAGCAACAUUGGUGGCAGUAAUGAUAGCAACAUUGGUGGCAGUAAUGAUAGCAACAUUGGUGGCAGUAAUGAUAGCAACAUUGGUGGCAGUAAUGAUAGCAACAUUGGUGGCAGUAAUGAUAGCAACAUUGGUGGCAGUAAUGAUAGCAACAUUGGUGGCAGUAAUGAUAGCAACAUUGGUGGCAGUAAUGAUAGCAACAUUGGUGGCAGUAAUGAUAGCAACAUUGGUGGCAGUAAUGAUAGCAACAUUGGUGGCAGUAAUGAUAGCAACAUUGGUGGCAGUAAUGAUAGCAACAUUGGUGGCAGUAAUGAUAGCAACAUUGGUGGCAGUAAUGAUAGCAACAUUCCUGGGAGUAAUGAUAGCAGCAUUCCUGGGAGUAAUGAUAGCAACAUUGGUGGUAGUAAUGAUAGCAACAUUCCUGGGAGUAAUGAUAGCAGCAUUGGUGGCAGUAAUGAUAGCAACAUUGGUGGCAGUAAUGAUAGCAACAUUGGUGGCAGUAAUGAUAGCAACAUUGGUGGCAGUAAUGAUAGCAGCAUUGGUGGCAGUAAUGAUAGCAACAUUCCUGGGAGUAAUGAUAGCAGCAUUCCUGGGAGUAAUGAUAGCAACAUUGGUGGUAGUAAUGAUAGCAACAUUCCUGGGAGUAAUGAUAGCAGCAUUGGUGGCAGUAAUGAUAGCAGCAUUGGUGGCAGUAAUGAUAGCAACAUUCCUGGGAGUAAUGAUAGCAACAUUGGUGGCAGUAAUGAUAGCAGCAUUGGUGGUAGUAAUGAUAGCAACAUUCCUGGGAGUAAUGAUAGCAACAUUGGUGGCAGUAAUGAUAGCAGCAUUGGUGGCAGUAAUGAUAGCAACAUUGGUGGCAGCAAUGAUAGCAACAUUGGUGGCAGUAAUGAUAGCAACAUUGGUGGCAGUAAUGAUAGCAACAUUGGUGGCAGUAAUGAUAGCAACAUUCCUGGGAGUAAUGAUAGCAACAUUGGUGGCAGUAAUGAUAGCAGCAUUGGUGGCAGUAAUGAUAGCAACAUUGGUGGCAGCAAUGAUAGCAACAUUGGUGGCAGUAAUGAUAGCAACAUUGGUGGCAGCAAUGAUAGCAACAUUGGUGGCAGUAAUGAUAGCAACAUUGGUGGCAGUAAUGAUAGCAACAUUGGUGGCAGUAAUGAUAGCAACAUUGGUGGCAGUAAUGAUAGCAACAUUCCUGGGAGUAAUGAUAGCAACAUUGGUGGCAGUAAUGAUAGCAGCAUUGGUGGCAGUAAUGAUAGCAACAUUGGUGGCAGCAAUGAUAGCAACAUUGGUGGCAGUAAUGAUAGCAACAUUGGUGGCAGCAAUGAUAGCAACAUUGGUGGCAGUAAUGAUAGCAACAUUGGUGGCAGUAAUGAUAGCAACAUUGGUGGCAGUAAUGAUAGCAACAUUGGUGGCAGUAAUGAUAGCAACAUUGGUGGCAGUAAUGAUAGCAACAUUGGUGGCAGUAAUGAUAGCAACAUUGGUGGCAGUAAUGAUAGCAACAUUGGUGGCAGUAAUGAUAGCAACAUUGGUGGCAGUAAUGAUAGCAACAUUGGUGGCAGUAAUGAUAGCAACAUUGGUGGCAGUAAUGAUAGCAACAUUGGUGGCAGUAAUGAUAGCAACAUUGGUGGCAGUAAUGAUAGCAACAUUGGUGGCAGUAAUGAUAGCAACAUUCCUGGGAGUAAUGAUAGCAACAUUGGUGGCAGUAAUGAUAGCAGCAUUGGUGGCAGUAAUGAUAGCAACAUUGGUGGCAGCAAUGAUAGCAACAUUGGUGGCAGUAAUGAUAGCAACAUUGGUGGCAGCAAUGAUAGCAACAUUGGUGGCAGUAAUGAUAGCAACAUUGGUGGCAGUAAUGAUAGCAACAUUGGUGGCAGUAAUGAUAGCAACAUUGGUGGCAGUAAUGAUAGCAACAUUGGUGGCAGUAAUGAUAGCAACAUUGGUGGCAGUAAUGAUAGCAACAUUGGUGGCAGCAAUGAUAGCAACAUUGGUGGCAGCAAUGAUAGCAACAUUGGUGGCAGUAAUGAUAGCAACAUUGGUGGCAGUAAUGAUAGCAACAUUGGUGGCAGCAAUGAUAGCAACAUUGGUGGCAGCAAUGAUAGCAACAUUGGUGGCAGCAAUGAUAGCAACAUUGGUGGCAGUAAUGAUAGCAACAUUGGUGGCAGUAAUGAUAGCAACAUUGGUGGCAGUAAUGAUAGCAGCAUUGGUGGCAUAAUGAUAGCAACAUUGGUGCAUAAUGAUAGCAACAUUGGUGGCAGUAAUGAUAGCAACAUUGGUGGCAGUAAUGAUAGCAACAUUGGUGGCAGUAAUGAUAGCAACAUUGGUGGCAGUAAUGAUAGCAACAUUGGUGGCAGUAAUGAUAGCAACAUUGGUGGCAGCAAUGAUAGCAACAUUGGUGGCAGCAAUGAUAGCAACAUUGGUGGCAGUAAUGAUAGCAACAUUGGUGGCAGUAAUGAUAGCAACAUUGGUGGCAGCAAUGAUAGCAACAUUGGUGGCAGCAAUGAAAGCAACAUUGGUGGCAGCAAUGAUAGCAACAUUGGUGGCAGUAAUGAUAGCAACAUUGGUGGCAGUAAUGAUAGCAACAUUGGUGGCAGUAAUGAUAGCAGCAUUGGUGGCAGUAAUGAUAGCAACAUUGGUGGCAGUAAUGAUAGCAACAUUGGUGGCAGUAAUGAUAGCAACAUUGGUGGCAGUAAUGAUAGCAGCAUUGGUGGCAGUAAUGAUAGCAGCAUUGGUGGCAGUAAUGAUAGCAACAUUGGUGGCAGUAAUGAUAGCAACAUUGGUGGCAGUAAUGAUAGCAACAUUGGUGGGAGUAAUGAUAGCAACAUUGGUGGGAGUAAUGAUAGCAACAUUGGUGGCAGCAUGGGUUGUAUUUCUCAUUAUAUUUUUAAUAUAAUUUUUGGGUCGAUAAUAACUUUGACUUUAUUAUUUUUCAUUGACAGUUUUAAAAGAGAGAAAUUAUAA